AUGAAUUGUGCAACAAAUUAUAUUGAACUGAGUCACGCUUUAUAUCAACAUGAUGCAGCAUGUCGUGUAAUCGCACGUCUUACGAAGGAAGUGACGGCCGCCCGAGAGGCGCUGGCUACGCUCAAACCGCAAGUAGCAGUUGUUGCGCCACAACCCACGCAUGCGGCGGAGGGUGGGGUUGCUGCUGGUGGUGCUACGGCGGUGGGGAUGUCCAACGAGGUGGUGGCGCGGCGGCAGGAGCGUGCCACCGCCCUCACGCAGGAGCGCAAGCGCCGCGGCCGCACCGUGCCCGAGGGCCUGCUGCCGCCCGACCAGAUACGGGCCUUCCUCACGCUCGCCUCGCAUCCCGGAUUACAUUCGGCCAGUGUGCCUGGCAUCCUAGCGCUGGACAUCAACCCUUCAGACCAGAGUCGGCUGUUGACGGGUGGCAACGACCGCAACGCCACCGUCUUCAACAAGGACACUGAGCAGGUGGUCGCCAUCCUGAAGGGACACACCAAGAAAGUGACGCGCGUCAUCUACCACCCGGACGAGGACACGGUCAUCACCGCCUCGCCAGACCACACUAUACGCGUCUGGAACGUGCCCUCGUCUCAGACGUCAGUGAUACUCCGCUCUCACGACGGCCCUGUCACAGGCCUGUCGCUCCACCCAACUGGAGACUACGUUCUCUCCACAUCCACCGAUCAACAUUGGGCCUUCUCAGACAUCCGCACGGGUGCACUGCUCACUAAAGUGAGCGACUCCUCUGGUGUCAGUCUGACAACAGCCCAGUUCCAUCCCGACGGGCUUAUUUUCGGAACGGGCACAGAAAACUCGCAGGUCAAGAUCUGGGAUUUGAAAGAACAGAGCAAUGUCGCAAACUUUCCUGGACACGUGGGCCCCGUCACGUCGAUAUCGUUCUCUGAGAACGGUUACUACCUUGCUACAGCUGCUGAGGAUGCUUGUGUAAAACUGUGGGAUUUGCGUAAGCUGAAAAACUUCAAGACCAUUCAGUUGGAAGAAGGAUAUGUUAUUAAAGAGUUGUGCUUUGAUCAGAGUGGUACAUAUCUGGCUAUAGCUGGUACAGAUGUUAGGGUUUAUCUGUGUAGGCAGUGGCAGGAGUUGAAGGUGUUCAACGAUCACACCGCUUCAGCAACAGGAGUCCGCUUUGGCAAAAACGCUCAGUACAUAGCUUCCACGAGUAUGGACCGCACGCUCAAACUGUACGGUUUAGAGUAA